CAGCUCAAGCAGGAUCAGGCUGAUCCCUCACCAGAUUGCGAAGGAGGUGGCGAAACUGCUGGAGAUGAAGGCACAGCUGGGGGGAGAUGAGGGGAAACACAAGUUUGUUCUCAAGACCCCGAAGGGCACACGGGACUACAGCCCCAAGCAAAUGGCCAUUCGUGAGAGAGUCUUCAAUGCGAUCAUCACCUGCUUCAAGCGCCACGGAGCAGAAGUCAUUGAUACUCCAGUGUUUGAGCUGAAGGAGACGCUGACAGGGAAAUACGGUGAAGACUCAAAGCUUAUCUACGAUCUGAAGGAUCAAGGAGGAGAGCUGCUGUCCCUGCGCUACGACCUGACAGUGCCCUUUGCUCGCUAUUUGGCGAUGAACAAGAUCACCAACAUUAAGCGCUACCACAUUGCUAAGGUCUACAGGCGGGACAACCCAGCCAUGACCAGGGGCCGCUACAGGGAGUUCUACCAGUGUGAUUUUGACAUCGCUGGCCAGUUUGACCCGAUGAUUCCCGAUGCUGAGUGCCUGAAGAUCGUGCAUGAGAUCCUGAGUGACCUGCAGCUCGGGGACUUUCUCAUUAAGGUCAACGAUCGGCGCAUCCUUGAUGGGAUGUUCGCAGUUUGCGGUGUCCCAGACAGCAAGUUCCGAACGAUCUGCUCCAGUGUUGACAAACUGGAUAAGAUGCCAUGGGAAGAAGUGAGGAGUGAGAUGGUAGGAGAGAAGGGGCUCUCUCCUGAGGCUGCAGAUCACAUCGGGGAAUAUGUCCAGCUUCACGGUGGCCUGGACCUGAUCGAACAGCUUCUCCAGGACCCAAAGCUGUCCCAGAACAAGCUGGCCAAGGAGGGGCUGGGGGACAUGAAGCUGCUGUUUGAGUACCUGACCCUGUUUGGCAUCACAGGGAAGAUCUCUUUCGACCUGAGCCUGGCACGGGGUCUGGACUAUUACACGGGGGUGAUCUUUGAGGCUGUCCUGCUGCAGCCGGAGAAUGACCAUGUGGAGGAGCCAGUCAGUGUUGGGAGCGUGGCUGGAGGCGGUCGCUAUGACGGGCUGGUGGGGAUGUUUGAUCCCAAGGGACGGAAGGUGCCCUGCGUGGGGGUCAGCAUUGGGAUCGAGCGGAUCUUCUCCAUCCUAGAGCAGAGAGUGGAGGCCUCUGAGGAAAAGAUCAGGACAACAGAGACGCAGGUGCUGGUAGCCUCCGCCCAAAAGAAGCUCCUUGAAGAGCGGCUGAAGCUCAUCUCCGAGCUGUGGAAUGCUGGAAUCAAGGCAGAAGUGCUGUACAAGAAGAACCCCAAGCUGCUGAAUCAGCUGCAGUACUGCGAGGACACGGGCAUCCCUCUUGUUGCCAUUGUGGGUGAGCAGGAGCUCAAGGAUGGAGUCGUCAAGCUGCGAGUCGUGGCCACCAGGGAGGAGACAUGGAUCAACAGUAUCAACCAGACCAAUAAGGCGGCCCUGCUUGCCUGGGCAAAAGAAACCGGCAUCGACCUGGUGCAGAUCAAUGGGCAGAGGCGAUAUGGUGGCCCCCCUCCAGGUUGGGUGGGCGACCCCCCGCCGGCUGGCACAGAGGUGUUCAUCGGGAGGCUGCCGCAGGAUAUGUACGAGAACACGUUGAUCCCGCUCUUCCAGAGAGUGGGAAAGCUCUAUGAGUUUCGCCUCAUGAUGACAUUCAGCGGGCUCAACCGGGGCUUUGCCUAUGCCAAGUACAGCAACCGGCACGGCGCCAAGGAGGCCAUUGCUGCCUUCAACAACUUUGAGGUGAAGGAGGGCUAUGCCAUUGUGGUGUGCAAGAGCACGGAGAAGUGUGAGCUGAGCAUGGAUGGCUUGGCCACCUCGGUGAGCCAGCAAGAGCUGGAGGCUGUGCUGCGGCGAGUCACAGAGGGGGUCCUCAGUGUCACCCUGUACACCAGCCCCUGGCGGAAACGGGCCCAGCUCGCUGUGCUGAAAUACAUGUCGCACCAGGCUGCUGCCAUGGCCAAGAAAACCCUGAUGGAAGGUAAGUGGGAGGCCAGGGUGCUGUGGGAUACUGCUUGGGCUUGUCUUCCUGGUGUCCCUAAGGAACGACUGGUCCCACCUCGAGACUCAGCUGUGAAGUGACUUCAGCCUUGAGACAUCCCUUGUUCUCUCCCUGUGUCCCAUGGGAGGCGGGCUGUCCUCAGUGGGGUUAAUCCCCAGCAGUCCUUGUGCUGACCUAGUGGUGGUGGUGGAGUAAAGGGGCUGCUGGAGGUCUUCAGGUAGCUGCCUGCUCAGAGCAGGAGCAUCACCAGUACUAGUCCAGGGCAUUCAGAACUUUGACCAAGUUGUUAAACCCUCCUGAUGAAGACGCUCUACCCCUCGGUGCCCCCAUCCAGUGACUGUAUUGCCCUCUGAUGGGACAUGUAUCCCAGACAUCCAACUGGAACCUCCAAAGUCCUGAUUUGUACUUAUUUCUGCCCCAGCUGAGAAGCAUUUGGCUUUGAUGUCUUUGCACCUG